AUGCGCAAGCUAACCAGAUCAGAAGCAGCAGCAGAAGAAAAUGUUUUCGUCGUGGAUGCUAGCUUCCUUGCAGUGUACAUUAUGACGACCAGGCCUCAAACUUGGGCCUCCGGCGAGGAAUCGUCGGCAGAGCUGAAAAGGAGGAAGCCUGGCGAAGGGCACAGUGCUCCGCCGUCGCAAGUAGUUCAUGUACGAAAUGUUUCGGACGGUACAAGGGAGCACGACUUGAUAGGUGUGGUGAAGUCUUUCGGGAAAGUGACGUAUGUCACAUUGAUGGCCAGACACCGACAAGCUUUGAUUGAGUUUGAGGAUAUUGAGGCGGCUACCAACCUUGUACAGUUUAACAAAAAUCAUGACAUCCAGCUUCUGGGAAGACCAGCAUUCUUUAACUUCUCACUCAGCCAAAACAUCAAAAGGGCUGGCCAAGCGGGUGGACCACAUCAAGAAUAUGCUCCCAAUAAGAUCCUGCUGUUCACCAUCCUCAAUCCAAUGUACCCUAUCACUGCUAGUGUAUUGCAUAGUAUAGCCCAGCGACAUGGUGAAGUACAGCGUAUUGCCAUAUUCCACAAGAACGGCGUCCAGGCACUUGUUGAGCUAGCCACCGUAGAACAAGCUGUGCUGGCAAAGGAAACCCUGGACAAUGCGGAUAUUUACGCAGGCUGCUGUACUCUCAAGAUCGAGUUUUCCAAGGCAGAUCGAGUCAACGUUUCCGUCAAUAACGAGGAGUCUUGGGACUACACUGGUAGUGGGCGUCGCGUUCCGCUGCAUCCAACUCCACGUGGAAGUGGUGUAUUUCAUCCAAACUCGCAUGGCCCCAUUCAGUCCUACAGCUACGAUGGUUACGGCAGUCACAUUCAGCCUCCGGCAGGUGCUCAGCAGCACUACACCACGUAUGGCGGUGCCGACUUUCCCCACCCUGCUGGUGAUAACUAUCGGCAUGGCAUGACUGGUGCCUAUUGCCACGAAUCCGGCGCUGUUCUGAUGGUCUACAAUCUGGACCCGGACAGGAUGAACUGCGAUAAGAUCUUCAACAUCUUUUGUGCUUAUGGAAAUAUUUUGCGGAUUAAAAUUUUAAUAAAGAAGACGGGUGCGGCGAUGGUUCAGAUGGAUCGUCGUGAAGGAGCUAUGAACGCUAUCAAGCUGUUGAAUCAAGUAGAAUUAAUGGGUAGACCUCUUCAGAUUAGCUUUUCUCAUCAUUCAUCCAUCGAGGAUCGGGGAUUAAUCGCCCAGCUAACCGACGGAACACCAGCAGUAAUUGAUUAUGCUAGUUCUCGUAACAACAGAUUCAUGAGUGCGAACCAAAGCAGGAAGAACUUAAUGAUUCCUCCAACUCAGGUCUUGCACUUCUUCAAUGCACCGCCAGUCAUCACUGAGGACGGCCUCAAAACGAUUUUUAAGACCUCACUUAUUCGGCUUCCUCUUCUUAUCACCGUCUUUGACAAGAAAAGUGAAAGUGCACGCACUAGUGGUCUCAUGGAGUGGUCCAACGCCGUGGAAGCAUUGGAGGCCAUGGCUCUCGUCAAUCACACUCCUCUGCGGGCUGCAUCUGGUCAGGUGUUCACUUUAAAGCUUGCUUUCUCGAUGUCACCGCCCCGUAUUCUUGCCAACGGGCGAGCCAACGGCAAUGGCAGCGCGAUGGGAUCUGUACAGCAGUCUGCUGUCACCCAUGGCCAGCAGCAGCAGCAGUCACAAGUGCCGCCGCCGCCAGUGUCACUGCAGGGAAGCAACGGGGGCGGCAGCAGCAGCGUUGCCGACCAGAACACUAUCAUCUCUAUGUCGUCGGUCAUGCCUUCGCCCAGCGGGCCGCCACUAGCAGAACAGCACUCCGCACAGCAGCAGCAGGCGUCGAUCCACAUGAUGUCCGACCAUGCUGUUAGACAUCUAUCCAACGCCAUGACUACCGUCAAUGGAGCCAAUGGGAACGGCAACCACUCCAAAAUGCAGUUUGCUGGCUAAGUAGACGGCAGCUUCACAGUACCACCUAGUCUGCUACGAGUCUCUGGCCCCAUUAGCCUUCGCAGGCCCUGAAGCGCAAUGAAUUGGCUCCUUUGUCGGAGUGUGUGUGUGUAAUUUGUUGCAGCUCUGGGCCCAUUUUACCACUUAGUUGUGUUUAUUUUACUUUCAUAGUGCACUUAGACGUACAGGGGAUUUAUCAGCCUAGCGCCCCCUGCUGCACCUGUAGAGACACAACGAAGACCAAGACUUUAUCUCUCUUGUUUUCGCUGGCGUUGUUUUCCUUUUUCUUUUCCUUUUUUACAAAUCAGUUCCUGGGAGUUGCUUUUGGCAUGGGAGCAUGCCGCUCGCCCAUAUUCCUGACCCCGUAUGUUUCCUAUGCUCCUUUGUUCACCGGCGUGUGUGUGUGUGUGUGUGUGAGGGCGUUUGUGCGUGUGCGUGUGUGUGUGUGAGGGUAAAUCCACAUGCCCUUGCUUUGUUUUAACCCAAUGUCCUUUCUGGUCUUUUAUUUGUGCCUCUCUUCUCCUGUCUGGUUUUUAAUCUUUUUUGAUUUGUUUUAUCUUCUAACUACAGCAGAACACCUCACUAUUUUCCUACAUUAUCCAUACUUAACCAUAAUGCACAACACUAUUCCGCACAUUAUCCAAUCAUCUCGUUUUAUCACCACUAUUCUGUUUGAGUUUUUUACUGCGUGCACGCGAGUUCUAUUCAGUUGACCGCCUCUAUUUCUGGGUGCACGUAGCACGUAUUCUUGCUGUGAAAGGCUUGAUUUCCACUGAUGCCCCAUUUUACUCCUCAGAAUUAUGUUCGCGUACAAUCAUGCAGGAAAAUGCACUAUCCCACAACUAGCCAAAAUUCACAACACUCAUAUUCCUAGCGGUUUUCAUCAUUUCUAUUUACAAUUGCCACAAUGCAUGACUGUCGUCACCCUGUAGCAGGGGCCUAGGGCUCGAAGCAAAGGAAUCCUCUUUUUUUAUACUUCCAGCGUGUUUUCUUCUUCAGCGAAGGCUACUGUUGACCAGCA